UCAUCCCAAGUAAAGCUGUAUGCUCCAGUAUACUCCUUGCGAGUUGCGCCCCUACCGUCUUCUUUACCUUCUCUUUUCCAACUAUAAAUACGAACCCCUUCUCUAUGAACACAAACAUGUAGCAUUAGCUAAGCAGAGCAUACAAGCAACAAGGAAUAUAUAGUUGAUCACAUCCAGAGAAGAAACUUCAAACUUCGGUCUUUUCGCUAGGAUUAACUGAUAACUUUGCCGAAUACACGAGCAUGGCGAGCGGCGGCUACGGCUCCCCCUACUCCUACUACCAGCCACCCCCUGCAGCCACCCCCUACUACUACAGCUACGUACACCAACCGGCCAGAAGAGGAUUCCCCGGCGGCGGCCCUCGCCCGUCGUCCGUCCCCCUCUUCCUCCUCCUCGCGACGCUGCUCCUCCUGGCCGCCGGCACGCUGUACGCGUGGUUUGAGGCGGCGGUGGAGAGCCUGCUCGGCCAGCUCCGGCCAUUGCUCGUCCUGUCCCCGUUGCUGCUCAUCGUCGCCGUGCAGCUCUGGGUGGCGAGCGCCGGCGGCGAUCGGCGGGGCGGCUUCGCGUACCUCCUCUGGCAGAUGGCGGCGGGGGACGACCAGCAGCCGUGCUACGACGGGCGGUGGGACGGCGGCGCGUCGUCGUCGCCAUGGGGCGUGGCGGUGGCACUGGCGCUCGUGCUGCUGCUGGUCUCGUGCCAGUCGUCGUUCCCGGACUGGCGAUCCCCGCUGUUGCGCCGGCGGUGAAAGCUACGUGCGUAAGGUAGUGGGAUCGGCCACUCUGAUUAGGCGAUGCGAAGCGCCUUGUUGGUAUUAUCAGGAUGGCCCUUUUUUAUGCCGUGUAAAUCCCUGAAUUUAGAUGUUUCGUGUUUCCGUAAUCCAGUUUGUAGUUGUAGUUGAUCGGGACUUAAGAAUUUCAUGUCAAGUAGCUAGACUAAUUUAUGCACACUCACAUGCACGAGAAAAGCCUUUUGUGAAAGGACAUCUCCAGUCAAUAAUCAUGCAGAAGGGUGAAUAACUGUAAUCAUUUGGCAUGUUUAUAAUGAGAUCACCGAUUACAAGCCC